GAUCAACAUCAGAUGUAUUCUUGGCUUUUACAAUUACUAUUGUAUCUUAGGAUUUAAUACGUAAAAUAUUCGGGAGCCAUGUACUACUCAAGGUUUCGCAACCAUAGCUUUGCUAUUGCAUUGGUUGCUGGUAUCACAUCCAUCGUGUUGUUAUGGUUAGUUUUACGCCGCAGCGGCUUUAAUACGACCUAUAGUCGUUGCAAUUAUUUAUCGAUGAUGGGGGAAUACAAGCAGCAUUUAAGUGCGGGGUCCUUCCCCAGCAACGUCCAUUUGCCACCGCAUCUCCGUCUUGACAAGCUAUCGUACCUGGAUUUGGCCGAGACUGAGCUUGCGCUGCCGCCGACGAUUGACUUAUCAAUCACCGAGAAGGAUCAGAUUUGUUGUUUGGAGAAUCAGCUGGGGUCGACAGAGCGGAAGGAUGUAAAGAUGCACUUCGGCCCCCUCCGUUCACAUACGGUGGUCAUGACACCGCAGGCCAUGGAACGGUACGUGCGACGCCGCAUGGGGAGUCAACCAGAAAAUCAAGCGGUAGUGGAGGAGGAAAAGGUGAGUGAAUGAGACUCAUCUCAUAUCCACACACGUUUCAAAAAAAAAAUAACCCUUCCUAAGAACCAGAAGUGAAUGGAGAAGCGGGUUGUGUACAGUGUUUCUAUUUUGUAUAUUGGUUUAUUUUUGAUUCCUCUGCGAUUAAACACAGAGGGCAAUUUAUAGUGAGAAAAAGAAGCGCCCGUUCAUAAACCUAUCAAUUUACUUAAAUAAUUUUCUAUCUCAUCUCUCAUUGCUCUUAAAAUUUUAUUAAAAAACGCAACAAAAUCAAAGCUAUGCAACAUUUCUGGUGCUAUUAAGAGUAGUGUCAGCACAUUUUACUAUGAUUUGGACCUUACAGUUUGUUAUAUCAAGAUUCCAAUAUUAUGAACGAGCUAAAUCUUUGCCUGAUCCCAAUUGUUCCAAUAUUUGUUUUCAUUCAGAGUAUCCUUUUUUUUAUUGUUUUUUUACAAGAUUAUAUUUCCUCAUUCCUCACUCGUCACUGUGUGAUCUUCAA